AACAAGCUUGAUUCAGUAACUCCUUUGCCCAACCUUCACCUCAUCUUCCAUUUGUUCCAAUCGUCGUUGUCCAGGCAAAUUUCCCAUUUUUUGCACAGUAUGCAAGCGUUGAAAUGCGUGGUUGUCGGAGACGGUGCGGUCGGCAAGACUUGUUUGCUCAUUUCCUAUACUACCAACGCCUUUCCGGGUGAAUACAUCCCUACUGUGUUCGAUAACUACUCUGCAAACGUUAUGGUCGACGGCAAGACCAUCUCUCUUGGGCUUUGGGAUACCGCUGGGCAGGAGGACUACGACCGACUCCGCCCUCUGUCGUACCCUCAAACGGACGUUUUCUUGAUCUGCUUCUCCCUCGUCAGCCCGCCCAGUUACGAGAACGUGAGGACCAAGUGGUUUCCCGAGAUUUCCCAUCAUGCUCCGUCGACUUCCAUUGUGUUGGUUGGAACCAAGCUCGACUUGCGUGAGGACCCAGCGACCAUUGAGAAGUUGCGCGACCGUCGCAUGGCCCCCAUCCAAUAUAAUCAGGGUGUCGCCAUGUCUAAGGAUAUCGGAGCAGUCAAGUAUCUGGAGUGUUCUGCCUUGACUCAGAAGGGACUGAAGACCGUGUUUGACGAGGCGAUCCGAGCAGUCUUAAACCCACCUCCCCGCCAGAAGCCGGCCAAGUCUGGAAGCAAGUGUGUCAUUGCUUAG